UGUAUAUUGACUGCAAAAGUGCAAAUGGCAAUAAAUGUAUAUUCCCUCUCUUCCUUACAUGUAGUAUCUCCCACACAAAAUCUAUAACCAUUCUCUCUCUCUCUCUCUCUCUCUCCUGCUUCACUUCACUCCCCUCCAUCUUCUUGAGCCAAACGUUGUCUCUCAUUAUCAUCUCUUUCUAUUUUCUCUCUGGAAAAACACAAAACCAAACAAAACAAUGAACAACAACAAACAAAAGCUUGUAGUGGAAGUGAUAGGAGCCCAUAACUUAAUGCCAAAAGAUGGUGAAGGAUCAUCAUCGCCAUUUGUUGAAAUCGAGUUUGAGAAUCAGAGACAAAAGACGCAAGUCAAGUACAGAGACUUGGACCCUGUCUGGAAUGAAAAGCUUGUGUUUUAUGUCAACAAUGUGGCAGAUCUUCCUUACAGGACUAUUGAUGUCAAUGUUUUUAAUGAGAAAAGGUCGAAUAAUAGUAGAAAUUUUCUGGGUAAAGUUAGGGUUUCGGGUUCAAAUGUUUGCAGAGAAGGCGAAGAGAUUGCACAGCUUUUUACACUGGAUAAAAGAAGCUUAUUUUCUCAUGUUAGAGGUGAGAUAAGUUUGAAGAUUUUUUUGUCAAGUUCUGAGCAAGUUAAGCAUGUUGUUGGUGAAGGAAAUGAUGGGUUUUCCAAGAAAAACAAGAAGUUGCAGCAACAGCAGCAGCAGCAGCAACAAGGGAUGGCUAUGGCAGUGAAGCAACAACAAAUGGGGCAAGAUAAUAAGGUUAGUAAUCAAAAGAUUCAAACUUUGCAAAACCCAAAAGGUGAGAAUCAGAAUAAUGGUGAUUUGAAGCCUGUUAUUAUUACUAAUGUGCCUGUUCAAGUUGGCUCCGGCGCCGGAGCCGGUGCCGGAGGUGGGUCCGGUGGUGGUGGGGUUGGUGGGUUUGGGGUAAUCUCAAAUGGGUCAAGUGAGUUUUUGCUUAAAGAGACUAGACCUCAUCUGGGUGGUGGAUCUUUGAGUAAAGAUUCAACUUAUGAUCUUGUGGAGCAAAUGCAGUAUCUUUAUGUUAGGGUAGUGAAAGCUAGGGAACUUUUGGGGUUUGGUGGUGGAGAAGUGGUUGCUGAGGUGAAAUUAGGGAACUAUAGAGGUAUUACUAGGAGGGUUGGUCUUAAUAAUGCUGAAUGGGAUCAAGUGUUUGCAUUUUCAAAAGAUUGUAUUCAGUCUUCAGCUGUUGAGUUGUUUGUAAAAGAGAGGGAUAAAGAUGAUUUCUUGGGGAGGGUUUUGUUUGAUUUGAAUGAGGUUCCGAAAAGGGUUCCUCCAGAUAGUCAGUUGGCACCACAAUGGUAUAGAAUGGAUGAUAAGAAAGGUGAUAGGUCGAAAGGGGGUGAAGUUAUGGUGGCACUUUGGUUUGGAACUCAAGCUGACGAGGCCUUUUCUGAGGCAUGGCAUUCCAAGUCUGCAAAUGUGCAUAUGGAUGGUUUAUGUUCGAUAAAAUCAAAGGUGUAUCUUUCUCCUAAGUUGUGGUAUUUAAGGGUAUCGGUGUUGGAAGCUCAAGAUGUUGUUUUGGGAGAUAAAGGUUCAUCAAUGAUGAGAUAUCCGGAGUUGAUGGCAAAAGUUCAAGUUGGAAAUCAAGUUUUGAGGACUAGAAUAGCUCCAGCCACUCCUAACAGGAGCCUACACAACCCAUUUUGGAAUGAGGAUCUGAUCUUUGUAGUUGCUGAACCAUUUGAGGAUUAUGUGUUAUUUUCUGUUGAGGAUCGGGUUGGCCCGAACUGUGAUGAGGUUGUGGGGAGAGUUGUUCUCCCACUUACAAAUAUCGAGAGGAGGUUGGAUGAUAAACCAGUGGCAUCAAGGUGGUACAAUCUCGACCUUCGCUAUAACAAUCCAAAUGAGUCUAAAGCUGUGACUAGAUUUUCGUCCAGGAUACAUCUUUGUGCUACACUUGAUGGGGGUUACCAUGUGCUUGAUGAAGCUACAAUGUAUAGCAGUGAUGUUAGGCCCACAGAAAAACGGCUUUGGAAGCCUCACAUUGGGGUACUUGAAAUGGGGAUUCUGGGCGCCUCUAAUCUUAUGCCGGUGAAGAUCAGAGAAGGCAAAGGAGGCUGCACGGAUGCUUAUUGUGUUGCUAAGUAUGGCCAAAAAUGGGUGCGAACUCGUACUGUGGUGGACAGUUUAACGCCAAAAUGGAAUGAGCAAUACACUUGGGAAGUGUUUGAUCCUUGCACUGUCAUCACCAUUGGUGUGUUUGAUAAUGCUCGUGUUGACAAAAAUUCUGCCACCGCUGCUGGAAUUAGAGAUUCUCGCAUUGGGAAAGUUAGGAUCCGAUUAUCGACUCUUGAAUCUGAUAAAGUCUAUACUCACUCCUAUCCACUGUUAAUGUUGCAUCCUUCUGGUGUGAAGAAAAUGGGGGAGCUUCAUUUGGCUGUUAGGUUUACUUGUGCUAAUAUGCUCAAUGUGCUUCAAAUCUACACAAUGCCUUUACUUCCAAAGAUGCACUACGUUCACCCUCUGUCUGUGAAUCAGAUAGACAGCUUAAGGUAUCAAGCACUGAAUGCCGUGUCAUCAAGGCUCAGUAGAGCCGAGCCACCUCUGGGUAGAGAAGUGGUUGAAUACAUGCUUGACCAUGACUCUCACAUGUGGAGCAUGAGAAAAAGUAAGGCAAACUUCUUUCGCCUUAUGAACGUACUGUCCUGGUUUGUCGCCUUGAACAGGCUAAUGGAUUCAAUGCGGAACUGGCAUAAGCCAUUGUACUCAACCCUAUUUCUCAUCAAUUUUCUUGUCCUAGUGAUGGUCCCUGAACUCAUCAUACCAACAAUAUUACUGAUCCUGGCUGUUAUGGGUCUGUGGCGAUACAGAACCAGGCCACGCCAGCCAUCUCACAUGGAUACACGCCUCUCCUAUGCUGAAAGUGUCUACCAGGACGAGUUAGACGAGGAGUUUGAUUCAUUUCCAACAAGCCGAAGUGCAGAGGUGAUCCGAAUGAGAUACGACCGUCUCAGGAGUGUGGCAGGAAGGAUCCAAACCGUCGUGGGAGACAUGGCUACUCAAGGCGAAAGGCUUCAGGCUUUGAUAAGUUGGCGCGACCCAAGAGCCACAUUCUUGUUUGUGAUCGUCUGCUUAUUGGCUGCUUUCGGGUUCUACUUGGUGCCAAUCAGAUGGGUUGUGGCUCUUUGGGGACUCUAUUUCAUGAGGCCACCAAGAUUCCGGAGCAAGUUGCCCUCAAGAGCUGUUAGCUUCUUCAAGAGGCUGCCAACUAGAGCUGACAGCAUGUUAUGAUGCACAAACCAGUAGGAAGGUUUUAGUUAGUUUAUGAUCUUUAGUUCAUGAUGUUUAGGUUAUUUCUGUCUAGCUCAGUCUAGUUAAGCCGAGCUAUGACAUGCUUGUGUAUGUUGCAACCUUCCUUGAAUUUUAGCAUUGCUUGUGAUUUCUUCA